AUGACAGACAUCGAAGGAAAAAAAAUACAAUUGAAUGAAAAAGAGCACAAUAUCGAUGGGGGAUUGAAAGCUUGGCUUGUUGUUGGUGCUGCUGCUAGCAUCAUGUCAAUGUCCUUUGGGAUGUGCAAUUCUUAUGGUGUCUACCAAACUUACUAUGAAGAGAAGUACCAGCAUGUUCCUUCCAAUGUGUUAUCGAUCAUUGGAGCAUUGCAAGCAGGACUGACACUGUUCAUGGCACUUCCUUCAACAAUUGCUAUGAUCUACGUUGGUCCACAACUUGUGGUUGCAAUCGGGGGAUUAUUGGCGUGUCUAUCUUUUAUGUUUUUGUCGAUUUCCAAAACGGUAGCAGAAAUCUUCAUCAUCCAAGGGUUGAUGUUUGGGUUGGGGUCAGGUAUAAUGUAUGUCCACGCAACUGGUGUCACCUUCCAGUACUUCAACAAACGUAAGGCUCUUGCACAAGGGGUUAUCACUGCAGGUGCAAGUUUAGGAGGUGUUUAUUGGCCUAUUGGAAUAAGAAACUUGAUUGAUAAAGUUGGGUUUGGAUGGGCCAACAGAAUCAUUGGAUUUAUAUACAUUCCGAUGGUAAUAAUUGCAGUUGUUUUUUUGAGACCCAGAGUCAAACCAAAGCCUAAGCUGGACAAUGAAAACUUCUUGCGUCUUAAUUUUACCGUGCUCUUGAACUUGAGAUACCUCAUGGUAAGUGUUGCUUGGUUUUUGUUUUUACUUGCUUUGUUUCCUGGGUUUUUCUAUCUUGAUCUAUUUUGUAACAGAGCAAAAGUUGAUCCCACUUUUCAGCAAUACACUGUUGCUAUUAUUAAUGCUUGUGCAUGCAUUUUCAGGGUAAUUCCUGGAUUUGUUGGAGACAAAUGCGGACGGAUGAAUCUGCUUAUUCCUGCAUUACUUUUAUCUGGAAUUUUCCCAUUGGCAAUGUGGAUUCCAGCAAGCAAUUCGGCCGUAAUAAUGGCAUUUGUGGUUUUGUGGUCGUGUGCUACAGGUGUUCCUAUUGCUCUAUUUCCUCCCAUCAUUGGCCAGCUUUUUGGUGGGAAAGAUAUCCCUUCGUAUUUGUCGUUUUUCUUUGUAUUUGGAGGAUUAGGAAAUUUUUUAGGCCCUAUUAUCGGCGGGACUUUUAUUCCAAAAGGAAAUGUUAGCAAUACAGAAGGUUUCGACAAGCUCGCUAUAUUUUGUGGUGUCAUCAGUCUUGGGUCUGCCGUGUUAGUAAUUAUUGUUAGGAUUGCAGACACGAAAAAAGCCUUCGUGAAGUAUUAG